AUUGGUUAUUUUGAUGAGUAUUAUGAACUCAAUAAAAAGUAUUGCUUAACUGAUAAAGUUUAAGUGUUAAACCAAGUAUUCCAUAGUCUUCUAAACUGGGACAAUAAUAUUGGACGAGCAACAAGUGACUGAAGCUAAACCACUCGAUAUGAUUCUAUACGGCUUGCAGAUAGAGGGCGCGGGCGAGGGCCCUGGGCCGCCGAACAACAACGCGGAGGGCGCCGCGGCGAGUCCGCGUGACGACAACCACAAUGCCGCGCAGCAACCGCCGCGAGUGCCGCUUACACCUUCAGAGGUGCUAAAAGCAUACGGCGAGAGACUAACGGAAUGGGAGAGGAAUGAAGUGAGGAAGUACCCAGAGGUUUGGUUCGUCGGUCUGGAGGCGAACAAGGUGCAGGCGCGCGCCAAUUUACCCAACAAUUGUGGUUUCGACGAUGAAAAUGGCAGUUAUAAUAAACAAAUGCACGACCACAUAGCGUACCGAUACGAGAUCCUGGAAGUGAUAGGCAAAGGAUCCUUCGGGCAGGUGAUCCGCGCGCUGGACCACCGCACUGGCCACCAGGUUGCCAUCAAGAUCAUCAGGAACAAGAAGCGCUUCCACCACCAGGCACUCGUGGAGGUCCGCGUGCUCGACCACCUGCGCCUCAAGGACAAGGAUCAAUCGCACAACGUCAUACAUAUGCUAGACUAUUUCUACUUUAGGAAUCAUCUUUGCAUCAGCUUUGAGCUUAUGAGUAUAAACCUGUACGAACUCAUAAAGAAGAACAACUACCAGGGCUUCAGUCUGAGCCUCAUCCGGCGGUUUGCAAGCUCUCUGCUGCGCUGUCUCAGGCUAUUGGAGGCAGAGAACAUCAUACAUUGCGAUCUAAAACCGGAAAAUAUACUAUUGAAAGCACGCGGCAGUUCAUCAAUAAAGGUGAUAGACUUCGGAAGUUCUUGCUACACUCACGCGCGCGUUUACACCUACAUCCAGUCACGCUUCUAUCGCAGCCCUGAAGUUAUCCUCGGACUACAGUAUGGUGCACCCAUUGAUAUGUGGAGUAUGGGAUGUAUCCUUGCGGAGCUGCACACGGGUUACCCGUUGUUCCCGGGAGAAAACGAGGCAGAGCAGCUGGCCUGUAUCAUGGAGGUGCUUGGCCCGCCGCCACCAGACCUGCUGCUGCACGCCACCAGGAAGAGACUCUUCUUUGACUCGAAAGGCUGUCCGCGGACGGUGACCAACUCGAAAGGUCGCAAGCGGCGGCCGGGCUCGCGAGCACUCUCCGCCGCGGUACGCACCGACGACCCAGCUUUCCUGCACUUCAUACAUCGCUGUUUAGAAUGGGAUCCAAAGCGACGCAUCACGCCUACUGAGGCGACUCGUCAUGAAUUCGUGACUGGGUGCGCGCUGGGUACGUCAACAACAGGCGUACUAGCGCUGCCACGGCUAGCUCCGCCGCGACCGGCCCGCGCAGCACUCCUGCACUCGCAAUCAGCUGGCGACGUGGCUGCCAUGCUGGGCCGCGCGUGACCGCACACCUGAGCCCGUACCGCCUGUGCCUCCGGACCCGGCACCGGACCCGCACACAAAUAAUAUAACCUAUCUCUUGGUCCAACUAAAGUCAGGUUUACACGGCACUUGAUUCUGCGAUAGCGUCACACUAUAUAUUAAUUCAAUGACUCAAAACCGACUCCCGACAAUUUCGACUAAUGGUAGUUUCAAGUGGAUAGAACAGUGUGACAGUACUGUGUUACUGAUAUUGCCUAUACGUUCUCACAAUGGCAGUGCUGUACCGUUCUACAGCUCUUCCUACAGAUUUGUCUCCUAUAUCACAGAUGAUACUAUGUUCAAUAUGAAUCGUUUAAUCUGUUCGUAGAAUCACGUACCGUGGUAAAGCGCUUUAACAUUACGUCUACCGGAAAGUUAUGUCGUCCAGCAUAACAAGAAUGUGUUUUAGUUUGUAAAAAGACAGAAUUUACCGGUACAUCUGUAGACUUCGUUCUUAAUCACUUAGAUACACGAUUUGGGACCCUUUCUAUAGUUAGAACAUUGAAUAUAAUAAUAUUAAUUCUCUUUUGCAUCUGAAUUAAAUGUCGAACAUAAAAAAAUG